AAGAGUUUUUGAAUAAUUUCAAUUCUCAUAUCUCCGAUGGAGUACAUCAUCUUGGUGGUAUCUAUUUGAGAACUAUCUCUGCAUCAACAAACACAUCAUCAUCCAUAGAUGAAUUGGAAAAAAUUACCACAAAAUGUUUCAACGCAUCCUUAGAUGUUGGUUUCUCCAAGUUUAAUGUUGGUUCAAGUGGUGCUCUUUCAUAUGAAUCUUUUAAUGAUUGUGGUACACAUACGGCAAAUAAAAUUGAAAAGAAACAAGCUACAAUUGAAUGUCGAAUUCUCUCAUUUGGACCUCCAUGUACAAAUCCAGAUAUAUUUGCUCAGUUACUUUCUACAAACAAUUCUUUCUGGCAUUUGAUAGAUCGUUCAGAUUUCCGAUCAUUUCUUCCCGUUUGGGAACUGAUGAACAAUCAUUCGGAUAACUACAUACAACAAGCAGCACGUAAAAUUAAGCAAGCAUGGUUGCAACAGGCAGCAAAUUUUUCACACAUACCGAUAAUUCAGUGUGAAAUUGAUCGUGUUAUGUUAGAUACACGGAAUCCUACAGCUUUAUCAAUUCGUUUACCAUCGCAUCGUUUGAUGUCUGUAAAAGACUCGAUCUCUUUUGAUACAGCUGUCGAUACUGUUGAGGAUAUUUUGAAGAGCGAGAUUGGAUCAUUCGAUACUGAUGCAGCCAAUGAAACACAGUUGUUGAAUAAGACGAUAUCAGCGUUUCAUAUUAUAUUCGAAGCAAACUCAGCGUUUGGUCACAAUUUAUUACCCGCCUUAUUGACGCGUGAAACACUUAAACGAUUCCUGACUUCAAUUGGUUUAUGUGAUCAAGUGCUUAAACUGCAGUUAACAUAUUCAAUAAUCACAAGAAUUUUCAAUGAACAGUUGUUAAAUCAACUACAACGAGAAAACAUAUCACUGGGCGAUGUAACAACGAAACUACUUAACCAAGCUAAAUAG